GAGAUUGGUGAAGCCACUGCAGCUUUGGAGUCGUUGUUCUCCACUCUCAUUCAAAGUGUCCCGGAUCUUAUACCCGCGCUCGCACAGACAUGGCUGUCGCCUCAUCUGAAGCUUCAGAUGAUCGUUUCGUCGUCUGGUUAGACAUUGACAAUACGCUAUACUCCGCCAAUUCAAAGAUCUCGGUGGAGAUGGGGAAACGCAUUCAUGCAUACUUUGUAGAGCUCGGCUGGUCCGAUGAAGAAGCCUCUGAGCUUCACCACAAGUACUACACGCAGUAUGGCCUCGCGUUGCGCGGACUUGUCAGGCAUCAUGAUGUCGACCCUUUAGACUUCGAUCGCAAGUGCGAUGGGUCCCUACCAUUGGAGGAUAUGAUCAAGCCAAAUUCUGAGUUGAGAAAGUUACUGGAAGAUAUUGAUCGGAGCAAAGCUCGAGUAUGGGGUUUGACUAACGCGUAUCGAAACCACGCUUACCGGGUCCUACGCAUACUGGGUGUUGAGGAUCUUAUUGAGGGCGUAGUCUACUGUGACUAUGGAGACCCCCACUUCUCAUGCAAACCGGAACCCCAAUUCUUCCACAAUGCGAUGGGACUGGCAGGCAUAUCUGAUCCGUCGAAAUGUUAUUUCGUUGAUGAUAGUCGGGCUAAUGUACAGGCAGCCUGGCGACUUGGAUGGGGUAGAUGCGUGCAUUUCUGCGAACGGGGACUCGAAAUCAUGGAAGGCGGGAAGUUCAAGGAGAUAAUACCCAAUGAAGAGCUUCCACGCGACAUCGAGGAGAUCACUCACCUGGAAGAGCUAAGAAGGGUCUGGGCAGAUAUCUUUAAACAACGUUAAAAUACCCCACCUUAUACCUUCGACUACUGAAACGUACACAUGUCACCCUUCUCGACUGUGCAGUCUUUGUAAAUCGAGUCCAAAACGUUCAUAGGUACCACAAACAAUAAAAUAGUUCGUAGAUGG